AAAAUGGGGUAAAACCAAUAACUUCCCGAUUUUUGAAAAUUUCCAAUUUUCUUAGCGGGAAGUUAAAAAGUGUGCUAUGGUAAAAUCGUUUUUUAUUCAGAUCCAAUCGUUGCGACAACUUUUUUUUUCAAACCUACAUUAUUCUAAAAAUUUUCUACGACAACAUCCGGAUCUUCAGGUUUAUCAUUGUUCACGAAAUGACGAUGAGAUAGAUGCUAAAUGGGCAGAACUUACCAAGCCUAAAAACAGAAACAAACUUAAAUUUGAUAAAAAAGCAGAACUGCCAGAUGAAAAAUGUCGUCAAGGUCGAAAAAGAAAUUUAUCAAAAGUUUUAGCUAAGGAAGAUGAUAAACGCUCUCAUAAGUUGGAAACCACAGUAAAAAAAGCAAAGGAGCCACGUAGAAAAACCGAGCCCAAAAAUCUGAAAGCUAACCAAAACUCUUCACAAGAAGAAAGUCUUACCCAAGACGACUAUAAGAGAAUGUAUUUAGAUCUGCAAAAGAAAAUGAAUGAUGAAAGAAAAUCGUCUAAUGUGAAAAAUAAAAGUCCUGGGUUAGCAAUAAUUUAAAAAAAAAGAAAUAAUUCUUCAUCUUCGGAGACCGAGUCUUUUAAUUCAUCUACUGAAGAUCCAUCGAUGCACUAUUCUAAAUCUGAUGAUACCGGUGGUGAGAGUGUUUUAGACGAGAUUGACAAAACUGGAACUAAAGCUAAAAAUAAUUCUUUAGCUAAUGAAUUUGGAGAAAAAGAAAUGUCAGCUGAUGAAAAAGAAAUCGCUGAUUCAGCUAUUGAAGAUAAUUUGAGCAAUGAGGAUAAAAAUAAUAAAAAUAAAACUGAUCUUGAAGCAAAGCAACCAGAAUAUUAUGAUGAGAAUAUUCAACUUUUGGGCCCUAAUCAUGGAGAAAAAAUGAUUGGAUUUGUGCCAAAUAUCUUUUGCAUAAAAAAAAUUAGAUAUUGGUCAAGAAAGUGGGGAAGUGACGGUCCUCGCACGUUAUUUCAUGGAAGGGGUUUUGAAGCAAGAAGAGCUAUUACGUUAUACAUUCAGUGGUCAAGCUGCUCGCGCACAAGGCUCUGAGAAAAACAAGAAAAAAGUAGAACCGUUUCACCAUGCAGCUAAAACGGCAAUAAUAAACUAUGCAUUAAACUAUUCAAAGGAGCAUGGCUGGAAAAAAAAAAGAAAAAUGGCGAGUCAGCACCUUAUAAUGAAAGUGAAA